AUGGAAUCAAAAUUUUGGCCAGAUCUUAUUAACAAUUAUGAACAACUUCUUGAAACUGGUGAUGGUUAUGAUGUUAUUAUAUAUGCUGGAGAAGAGCCUAACAUAAAAGAGCUUCGUGCACAUGCCGUUAUUUUACGUGCUCAGUCUCCAUACUUCCGUACCGCUUUUUCUGCUAGUUGGGCUAUGAAACAAGAAGGAUUUUUUAUUUUUAAGAAACCUAAUAUUUCUGCUUUUUUAUUUAAACUCAUUCUAAGGAUAGAUAUGGACAAUCUUAAUGGUUCUGAUAUCUUAAAACUCUUAGUAGCUGCCGAUGAGCUUGGUUUGCAUAAAUUUAUCGAUCAUGCUCAAGAAUAUCUUAUCGAGAAUCAAGAAAGUUACCUUCGUCAGGAUCCCAUUGGGAUCCUCAAAACCAUUUUCCAUCAUGAAACUUUUAUCACCCUAAAAAUGUUUUUAUUAGAAGAACUUUGUCUUGAACCUGAAUUGAUUUUUGAUUCGGGAAAUUUCUAUUCUUUGGAUGCCCCAAUCUUAACAACCUUACUUAGACGUGAUGAUCUUAAUCUCGAAGAAGCUAUAAUUUGGGAAAAACUUAUCAAAUGGUGUGUCUCUAAAAGUCCUGACCUAAGUGAUGAUGUCUCUAAAUGGAAUACCGAUGAUUUUGCUACUGUACAAAGAUCCAUUAAUGAUUUCUUACCUUUAAUUCGAUUUCAUCAAAUGUCUUCUGAUGAUUUUUUUAUUAGAGUUCUUCCAUACGAAAAUUUGUUACCAAAGGAUCUGGUUAAAGAUAUAUUACGAUGUCAUAUGGUUUCUGGUGCAAAACCUCUUUUAAAUAAUUUUCCUGCUCGACGAAAUUCUCAAAAUCUUAACAACACUAGACAUGGUUAUGUUACGAAUGAAGCUUAUGCUUUUCAUGAUAGUAUGUCAUCUGGUCCAUGUUUUGGUGGUGGUUACGAUUUGGGUGGGGGAACGGAUAUGAUUAAUUGGUAUAGAAAUAAACAUUCUUAUCCUGAUGUGGGUAUUCCUGGUAACUUCUCUAUCGAGGACAUUGAAGUUUUCGCUGUCAUGAAAUGA